AUGGAUAGGAUACUAUCCUAUCGAUAUACCAGUAAAUCUAUUCAGAAUGAGUUGAUGAAUAUCUGUGGAAAUGCUGUGCGAAAUUCAAUUCUAAGUGAUGUCAAGGAUGCAGUGUUCUUUUCAGUAAUCGCUGAUGAAGCAACUGAUUCAUCAAACUCUGAACAGUUAGCUAUCAGCAUUCGAUACGUCGACAAGAACUGCACUUCUCUGGAGUGUUUUCUAGGAUUUAGCGAAUGCCUUCUUGGAGUUACUGGGAAGGCACUUGCUGACUCAAUUAUUUCCAACCUACAAUUAUGGAACUUUGAACUUCAUAAUUUACGUGGUCAAGCUUACGAUGGUGCUGGAGCAAUGACUGGCAGAAACAAAGGAGCUGCGGCACGACUAAUGAAAUAUAUCCGAAAGCCUUAUAUACACACUGUGCAUCUCAACGCUUGA